AUGGAUCACGGUAAUGGAAAAGACAACGGCUCUUCUUGCUCCACCCAGGAUGCAUUCGACCAUAAGCGCAUGUUUGUGUUACCGCAAGGAAACCAUCUCUUGAGUUUGAUGACCGUGCUUCGGGACGCAAACACCAAGAGUACAUUAUUUGUGGAGACUACAGAGCGUGUCGGUGACAAGCUUAUUGCUGCCGCCGAGAGAACAGCAGUUAUCAGCCCUACUGGAUCCAAAUAUCAGGGAAUACAGCACACGGUACCCGUUUGUGGCGUUAGCAUUCUCAGAGCGGGAGCUAGUCUGGAGAAUGCCAUGCGGCGCGGAUAUACAGGCCCCCUAACCUUUGGGAAGGUCUUGAUUCAGCGCGAUGAAAAGACAUGUGAACCGACACUUUUCUACUCGAAGUUUCCGCCUAAUAUUUCAUCUCAAUGGGCCAUGAUACUCGAACCCAUGCUGGCGACAGGGGGCUCUGCAUGUGCAGCAAUCGAUGUCAUCAAGGCGCAGGGCGUCCCCGAAGAGAACAUCAUCUUCGUCAAUGUUCUAGCAUCACGUCACGGGGCCAAGACUCUCUUGAGUCGUUUUCCUCAAAUACGUCUUGUCACUGCUGCCAUCGACGAAGACAUGACACUAAGCAACCAUAUUGACCCCGGGCUCGGGGACUUCGGUGAUCGAUUUUAUGGGACCAAUGAUUCAUAG